UUAAGGAAAUUCCGACCAAACAAGAUCCCUGUUUUUUCUGUGUGUGUGUGUGUGGGGGGGGGGUGUUUGAACUCCUCUGUUUUUCUCAAUUGUAGAGAGAGAAAAGAAGAAGAAGAAUAACAAGGGCAUAUACAAAUUUGAAUCCAUUGUAAUGGCGUUCCUAUCUGUCCUUGGAAGAUUUCUCUUCUUAUCUGUCUUCAUUCUCUCCCUUGCUCUCGAGUUCAAAGAAUUUGGGACUGAUGGCGGGCAAGCAGCAAAGGCAUUAAGACCAAAGUUCAAUGUUUUGUCAAGGCAUGUGGAAACGCACACCGGAUUUGAAAUACCACAUGUAGAGAUGAAACAUCUUGUUUUGGGGGCCAUAGUUUUGAAGGGUCUUGGAAGCCUUUUAUUCAUCUUCGGCAGCACUCUUGGAGCGUAUUUUCUGCUGCUACAUCAGGCCCUUGCUACUCCCGUCUUGUAUGACUUCUACAACUAUGAUGCUGACAAGAAGGAAUUUAAUCAACUUUUUUUCAAAUUCACUCAGAACUUGGCAUUGAUGGGUGCAUUACUUUUUUUCAUCGGCAUGAAGAACUCAUUGCCCAGGAGAUCCUCCUCCACCUCCUCAAAGAAGAGGUCUCACAAGGCCAAAGCAAAUUAGGAAGGACGCGAUAGGGUACAUUUUUGUUGCAUGGGCUCACAGUCUCAAUAGUUUUACUGCACUUUUACCUCUCUGGUUCUAUUUCCGGUUGAACUUUACCCAACCCUUUUUAGCAUUCAUCUUUGUCUUCUCCUUUUUCCGGCAAUUUUAACACUACUUUGAUAUCGACAAUGCAACAUGAGGAAUAUCUAGGUGGUGUUUACAUUGUUAUAGUCUUAUAGACUUAUAUUAAUCUGUAGUCAUUCUGGUUUUCUUGCA